UUGAAGGGACAAGCAGGAGUGACACAAUCCAAACUCACCCAGUGCUGGGACCAGGAUGGUUUUAUGAGACACCAGGAUUCUGUUUUGAGCUUUUGGUGUCAACCACUUUGAUUUCAGCAGUUAGAAACUGAAACCUGGAGCAGGAUCCUCACUUUUAGGGCAGAUUUGUGCCUGUUGCACCUCCAGGAGCUCUCCAGACACCCUGACAUCUGUGGGUUCAGUGACACCACACAGCAAACCCUCAGGAGCAGUCCCUGACCUGCCAGGCUGAAUUCCCAGCCUCUGAAAUUGCUCAGGACCUAAGCUUCCCUGGUGUAUUUUCCUGUCUGACAAGCUCUUGUUUAAGAGCUGGAGAGUAAAGAAAGCCCUGAAGAAUCAAAAAUUGUGAAAAAUGGAGAGCCUGCUGGUGUUAUCUGCCCUGUUUGCUGCUGAGGAUCUUCACCAUGGGGUGCAGUUGUGGCUUUAAGGUAGGAGUAGAGAAAUUGUUUCUCAUUUUGCUGAUGUCUUGUUUAUUUUACAUUAUUAUUGGAUGUGGUGAAGGUGCAAGUCUGGUGCUGCAGACUCCAGAGCAGGGGGACUGGAGGUUUUUUGUAAUUGGGAAAUACAAGGCAUUUUCAGAAAUCCCUUCUUGUCUUGGUAACCAAAUGUUACUAAGUAUGAAGGCAAGGGCCAAUUGUGGCAAGUCAAAAAGGUUGCUGAAUUUACUUUGAAUUAUAGAAUUUACCAAAUUUAUUUUGAAUUAUUAAUAGAAGGUAUAUGGAACAAAAAGCAACAACCCCAAGCUUUACACAGCAUCUGCUCUGUGCUGGCAGUGGCUCACUGGUGAUUGGGCUGGUUCCCACUUCCGUCUUCCCAAAAUAAGCUCUAUUUAUUUUUAUCUUAAUGGGUCAGGGCUGCAUCUCCUAAGCAGAGCUAGUGGUCUCAAGGGCAUCCUUUAAGUUUAAACAGGGUUUUGACUCAUUUUUAUGGGGGCUUUUGGAGAGGGACAAUCACUCUCUGUAGGCUGCUUACAGACUUUCAAACUGCUUUUAUGCAGGGCAAUAAAAAUUACUCAAAUCACCAACCCACAGUAAGACUGGAGGCCUGUUGGGUGGAAAAAUUGCUUCUUCCUUCCCAUUAGUAUCUUCCCCAAAACCCCAAAGCACUGACACUCAUCUUUGGUGAGGCACACUCCCAUUGUUAUUGCUGUGUUUUAGGCUGUCUCCAGCCUCAGGGUGAAUUUCAGCUCUUCUGGCAUUUGCUGAAUCAUUUUAUUUGGUUACAAAGUCGUGGCUGCAAGGUCAGUACCUAACAAUCAAACCAGUGAGUGUUCAGAAGGUAAAAAAGGGGAAAUCCUUCCAGACUGGGACACAGCCCUGUCCUGGGCUGGGAACUGAUGGUCACCCACAUUUAGGCACUCUCACUUCUCCCCCACAGCAUGUGCACAGCAACAGCAAAGGGUGAUUGAACUUUUAGGUGACUUUGUCCUGCAGGGUUAAGAAUGGUAAACCAGAUAUAUUUAUAUAGAAAUCAAUGAUUUAUCAUGCUAAUGAUAAGACAAAAAAACGGCCUUAAACAGAAUUAUUUGCUACCUAGUAUGGGCAGACAGAACUGCUAGUAUAGUCAGUGCACUAUUUUUGAAGCAAAAUUGAAACAUUUCUAUUAAAGCAGUUAUAUUGAGGCAAUUACACUAAAGGGAGAAAAAAAAUAUUAACUAGAGAAUGGUGUUACUCAUCCAGACCAAGGACUGGGCAAAUCUCUGGCCUUGAGGGGUGUCCCCAGUCCAGGAAGGAAUCUCCACACACUCUCCAAGAGGGAUGUGUUGGAAAACCCUCUGUUCAAAAGUGGGCCUGGGCUGUCAGUCAGAUGUGUCAGGGCCAGCUGUGCCAGCUCAGCAGCUUUGGGGAAGGUGUCAACAGCGUCACUUGUUUGUUCCUUUAUCAGGCACUUUAUCAUCUGCCACGUUUUCAUCUCACUCUCAGGAUGCUGAACUUUGGGAUCCAUGUGUCAGGCUGGUUUUAGCAUUAUUCACCCCAAAAGCAGCAGUGAACUUUUUCUCCACACUGACAGCUUUACAAGCAGGACAUUGUUUGAGUUGUUGCACCCCCACUGCAGGCACAGCAUCGAGCAGGGACUGCACCCCCAGCCCACACCUGUCCCUGAGCCACCCCCCUUCCCUGGGACCCUGGGGACACCCUGACACAGAAGUCACAGCACAGAGAGGGCAAGAUCUGCUGUAACAUCCCUUGCAGUGUCUCACUGACACAAAAAGCACUGAGCACAGAGUCCCAGGCUGCUCUGAGUCUGUGCAGUUUGUUUAUUUAACCGAUUGUGCUGCCAAGUGAUUUCAGUAGAGCUGUCUGGGACCCUGGUGGAGCCUGGCCUGGCCAUGCAGCACAGACAGAUUUUCCAUCUGCCUGGCAGGAGCUUCCCAGCAGUUUCUCUCCACGCUGCUGAACUAGGUCAGGCUCUCAUUGCCUUCUCCAUGCUGCAGACCUGGGCACAAAAGCACCCCAAACUGUGAAUUCCCUGCUCCUACCUGGAGCUGCCUGACAAGAUUGCUGUGUGUCCAAUUGUCCUCUCAUCCCUGGCCCAUGUCACACCCACCCCAAAGCACAGAUGCCAUGGGCUUAGGAGCAGGAUCAGCAGAGGAGUGAGCUUUUCCUUUUCCACACCAUCAGUGUCUGAGGAAACCGCUGUGGCUUCCCAGGUCCAUCCGACUGGCACUGCAGCAAAGCCCACGGGAAGCUUUCACCUGCUUUCCUGUUUCACUUGCAGUGCCUGGAGCCUUUUGGCUCACACCCAGGCAGAGGGGCCCAGCAGGAGAGCUGGGUUCUCACAAACCUUAUGGAAACGGGUGAGAAGUGAGAAUUUCUAUCUGACCAAUAUCCAGAGCAGCCCUUGGAGCAGUGUCUGUCCCAGCUGUGCUCACCCCAGUGCCAGAGGUGAGCCAGCUUGUCUAGAACAGCCGUUUUCCCAGGGAAAUGCAAAGCUGGGAAGGGGGGGUGUUCUCCUGGAGGUUGUUCAGUGUCGGGGGCUGGGAUGCUGGCUCUGCAGGAGCUCUGUGGGACUGUCAGCACAGCACGAAAACAGCCCUGUGCUUCCUCAGCCAAACGUUCCAAAUCCUCCCAGGAGCAUCUAAACUGGCCCCAGCUCACAAAGCCAACUGUGUACAGACUUCAUUUUUAUGUUAGAUCUGUUCCCACCAAGUGCCAAAAGCAAGUACAGGGGAAAGCUUAAAAAUAAACCACAGCAGCUCUGAGAGGGAUGAAUUUGGGCAGAGAAAGGAAUGACAAUUCCAGCAUUCUCCCGAUCAGCUGACGUUCUGCACUGAGCAGGAAGGAUUUACUGGCUGCAGGGCAGGGUUUGGAGCCCUGCUACCAGGCACAUGCCUGUCCCACAUCCCGUGCAGGAUCCUGGUGAGACCAGAGCAGGAACCCACAACCAAAGCUGAGCUGGUCAAUCCCAACCCUGCAGCAUCCCAGAGCAUCCUGUUCCAGCCUCAGCUGCUGCUCCUGCAGUUCCUGCCUUACCUGGAACAAUUGUUGGGGGGUUGUAACUACUUUCCAAACUUCAAACAAGACUUUCCAAGCUUUCCCAAGACAGAAGCAUUCCUGCCCUGCUAUCCCUAUGACAAAGUUGUAUGUUGUAGUGCACAUCAGCCUGAAGAAGUGCUGAGGUACAAAUUUGUAUUUGCAGAGCUGCUGCUUUAUGACUUUGUCCUUAAAUUCAAGCCUGGAGUGAGUCAAGUGAGUUUCCACCCCUAAGACAAUAUUUUCUUCCCUUUAAUGCUCUGAUAAAGUGUCAAAAUUGUUCCCCAGCUGGAUCAGCGUUACCCAUUCCCUAUUUGUGUGGGCAGUGACUACAGCAGAGAGGGGCAGCAUCAGUCAGAAAUGAUCCAGGCAGCCCCUGAGCCUUUCCUCCAGGACUGCAAGGGAGAGGGAGAAAGGGAAAAACUCCCCAGGCAUCAAGAGCUUUCCAGCCACAUGUGUGUAAAAAUCUGUUCCCGUGCCACGUGACCGAGGAAGAGGCACAGAUCCAUUACACAAUAAUAAAAAUAUGCCUUUGGCAAUGUGGAGCCAAAGUGGAGCUGCUGCAGGGAGCUCAAACUACGCACAAGAAGAAGUAAAACAGGAAUAAAAAGGACCAAAGUCAAUUCUGCACAGUCCUCCCAGGACCUGCUGUGGCAGGGGUGGGGAUCGCUGUGGGAUCUGCAGCAAAACAUCUGCCUGAAGCCCUGGGGGCUGCCAGCUCCUGUCAGGAUCUCACUGAGGAGGAAAUCAGGCUGGUGCACCAUGAUCUCUGCCGUGCUGCUCCUCUGGACCGUGCCCUGUGUGGCAAACCACAUCCUGGGCGGCUUUGCCAAGCGGGAGCUGCAGGAGGGUGCCCAGCUGGCCUGCAGCCUGCCCGGGCCCCCCGGACCCCCCGGGCCCCCCGGCCUGCCCGGGGCUCCCGGCACCGUGGGCAGGAUGGGCUUCCCAGGCAAGGAUGGCAAGGACGGCCAGGACGGGGACAAGGGCGAGCACGGCGACGAAGGUCCCCAGGGCAGAACAGGAAACCCCGGCAAGCCAGGCCCGAAGGGGAAAGCAGGAGCCAUUGGCAAGGCAGGGCCCCGGGGGCCCAAGGGUUUAAAGGGUAACCCCGGGAAAAACGGGGCCCCGGGGAAGAAAGGGCCCAAAGGGAGCAGGGGUGACCCUGGGCUGCCAGGACCCUGCAGCUGCAGCGCCAGCAAGGCCAAAUCUGCCUUCUCCGUGGCCGUGUCCAAGAGCUACCCCCGGGAGAGGCUGCCCAUCAAGUUUGACAGGAUCCUGAUGAACGAGGGGGGACAUUACAACGCUUCCAGCGGGAAGUUCAUCUGCAGCAUCCCAGGGAUUUACUACUUCACCUACGACAUCACUUUGGCCAACAAGCACUUGGCCAUUGGCCUGGUCCACAACGGCCAGUACCGGAUCAAGACUUUUGAUGCCAACACCGGGAACCACGACGUGGCCUCUGGAUCCACUGUCCUGGCGCUGAAGGAGGAGGAUGAGGUGUGGCUGCAAAUCUUUUACUCAGAGCAAAAUGGGCUCUUUUAUGAUCCUUACUGGACAGACAGCUUAUUUACUGGAUUCUUGAUUUAUCCUGACCAAGAUUAUCUCAACGAAGUAUAGGAUGAGAAACUAUGAGAAAAAAUGGGAAAUGGGUCUCAAUCCAGCAAAGUGUGGCCUUACAUGGGACAUGUCUGGGAUUAUCAGAUGAUUCCACAUUUGCCUAUGGGAUUAUCAGUUGAUUGCAGCCUGUAUGAACUAUUCAGACUUUUCCUUGAUGCCUUCAAACCCACAGGGUACCAGGCUUUCAGCAGCCUCAUGAAUGUCUCCAUCCCAAAGCCACCCUUAUAUAUUCCAUGAUUAUUCCAACAUGCCAUGGACAUGUAACUCAAAUACCGGUGCAGAAUGCUUUGGUUAUCGCAUUGUUAUAAUAAAGCAUGGAAACCAACAUUUUCCUGAAGCUGAACAGGGAAAUGCCAUUGAUGCUGGA